GGGGGAACAGUGUGCCUCGAUUCGGGUGAUGUUCGCAGACACGCACGUUGUUAUUUCUGGUGCGUUUGCCGUCCAAUGACGUCCGGAAAACGAAAACGAUUCACAGUCGCGUACAGUACGGGGGCCAGCAGCCGUGCCGCCGCUAUUCUAUUCAUAAACUACGGGCGCGGGGUCCGCCGUCGGCGUACGGUGUAUUAUAAUAAUAAUACGCUCAGACGCGGCGGCGGACGACACAUAUUUUGACGAUGUGCGAUGGCAAUAAUCGCGCGCGAUAGUGGAACGGGCGGCGCACGCUAUACGGCCGCGAGUGUCCGCCACGAUCGUCGGCCGUUGUCAAACGGUUACUAGUUUUUAUUUUUUUUUUUUUUUUCAUCGCGAUUCCGCGACAAUCGACAACAGAAAUCAAAACAAUUCGCGCUACGGCGGCGGUGCGUACCCUACUGCCGUGCGAACCGUGAAAACCGCGGGCCCGUUCCGUACGCGCGAGUGUCUGCGUCCGACGCCGUUUCCCGCGGACAUUCCGGUCGGAAUCGAAUAUCGUUGACCACGGCGAUAUUACAUUAUAUUAUAAUCGUGUGCGGCGGCGGCGGCGACGACGGAAAAAUAAUAAAUCAAUAAAGUAACGUCAUUAGAAUUCGCGCGCGGGGGACCGCCCAGCGUUGGCGGCACUGCGACGGUUUCAGCUGACCCAGAAUCGGAUCGCCAGCAGUCCUGCGAAAAAAUAAAAUAAUGAAACUGUAACUGUACCUUUUAUUGCGGUAAAUUAACAAUAUUAUUAUAUACACCGUAGCCCGAUCAGUGUGUAUGUCAUUCAAUAAUACCGCAGUGUACACCCGAACUGCACUCCAGUGAUGUCGGCUGUUGUGUGUCGUUCUGCUAUUAUUAUUAUGUGUAUUGCUACCCGUUAACAAGUAAACUAAUUUCUACAACAGUCUUGCUUCUCCGGCACCGUCCCUUUAUUGCGACCCCUAUUGAUAAUAUUAUAUUUUUAUGUUACAGUCGUGUUGUUAAAAUAUGAGUGUCACGAUGGAACAGAACGGUGCUUAUGAUCCCGGUAAGUCGAGGCCGUGGCUGCAUAGUGGAAUACAAUCAUCAGACCUGCCUUUUUUUUUUACCCCCUUAUAUAGCUCUGACUGGAUUACUGGUGUCAUUAGAGGGAUCACGAGGGGCUAUUUCUGCUUCCAAAGAAGACUUGGACUUUCUGUCCACUCUGUUACAAAAUAAAGAGCUGCACUCAAUUGUUAAACUCCAUAAAACCCUUGUAGACAGGGUGCGCGAUGAUCGACGUUGCUCGCCAGUGCUAUCGAGUUCCAUGCAAAUCUCUCUGGAUGUCUUGGAAGUUCUCAUGCCCAGGAUUUCUCUUAGUGAUACAUCAAAACAACUUUUUCAUCUAUUGCAAAAGCCUCACAUACAGGUAUUUUUACUUCUUGAUCAACUAUAUGAUUAAACAAUAUUGUACAAAUUAUACAUUUCAUAAAAAAAUGCUUAGGGAAUUUUGUGUUCACACGAUGCGGUAGCUCAAAAAGACUACCUGCCUCGACUGCCAGACCUUCCCCAAGAGAUGGAUGAUGAUGAAGAGACAAUCAAGAUUGUACAAUUGGUUAAAAGCACUGAACCAUUGGUACUGAUAUUUUGUUGACAUUCUAAGCAUGAAAAUGUUUCCUAUAAGGCUGUGUAAACAAUUGUUUUAUUAUUUAUUUUUAAUUUAAAAGCUUAUUUUUCACUACUAAUUGGCAUUUCCUUUUAGCUUUUUUAUUAUUAAAUGCCAACAUCUAAUUUUAGUGUAGUCAAUUUUUUUGUUUUGUUUUUGUUUGUAUUUUUUUUUAUAUACUUAUAUAUACAGAGUAUAUACAUAUAUAUAUAUAUAUACUAUUAUUAUACUCAUAUAAUACAUUUUUAUUUUUUUUUCCUAUUGCAUUUUGUUUCUUUAAUACAUUCACAACCAUAACUUCUUAGUGGUUAAUCUCUGGUUUUUGUAUUAAUUGUUUUGCAUUACGCAAGGAUGGGGAACCUGAUUCAGCUGAACCAAUUGUGGUAAGUAGGGUGAAUAGGUUUAAUUUAACCUGUAUGGUGUAUAUUUAUAUAGAAGUACCUAUAAUUAGUUCUUAAAUGUAUCUACGAUUAUGCAGAUAAUUUCAUGGCUGAAUCAAAUGUCUACAAUUUUUUACCGUAUUAUUUAUAGAUGCAUUGCAAAUUAUUAGGCGUGUCAUUAAUUAAGUGGGCAUGGUUUUACGUCAUGACAUUAGUAUUUUAACCUUUAACAGUCUAGUUUUUAUGCUCAAUUUUAAUUUUUAAACUUUUUAAUGUGGUAAAAUGUUCCCUGAUUGAACAUAUGCAUAAUACUAUAACAUUAUUCAGUGCCUACUUUAUGUGAAACUAUUUGAGAGAAAAAUUAACUCUAUAUGAUAAGGAGUGGUAGGGACAAAGUAUGCAAUAAAUAGAACCGAGACUGGAACACGUGUUGUAAGUCCUAAAAAUAAAUCAUUACAGUUUGACUAUAGAAACACAUUAGUCAUACAGUUUUCUUCACAAUAUAAGAAUAUAUUUUUUUGGGCAGAUAAAUGUUUUUACAUUUUGUUAUUAACAAAAAUAACAUGAUACUUUCAACUAAUAACAGUGUUAAUAAACAAAUGUUUGAAUUUAUUAUAGGUAAUUUGUAACGUUGAAAUAAAUAUUAUUAACUUUAAAAUAUAAUUAUAGCGAUAUAUGAAAAUUAUAGGGUGCCACAAUAAAAACCGACGAAGAAAAUGGAAAAAUAAUUAUAGCAAGAGUUAUGCAUGGUGGUGCUGCUGACCGUUCUGGUUUGAUAAAUGUAGGUGAUGAAGUUUGUGAAGUUAAUGGAAUUAAUGUUGAAGGAAAGUCUCCAGCGGAUGUACUGCAAAUAUUGGUAUGCCAAAAUAUUAUUAAAAAUCUUUAUUGAACAUUUUUUUUUUUUUAAAUUUUGUUUUUUAAAUUAUAGCAACAUUCUGAAGGGACAAUAACCUUCAAGUUAAUUCCAGCAGAUCCAAAAGGUGGAGCACGAGAAAGCAAAAUGAAAGUUAGAGCCCAUUUUGAUUUUAAUACAGAUGUUGAUCCUUACAUUCCAUGCAAAGAAGCCGGUUUAAGUUUUAAUAAAAGAGAAAUACUACACAUUGUCAGUCAAGAUGACCCAUAUUGGUAAUUUCAAUAAAUCAUAAAAACAAAAAGACUUUAUAAAAAUUAAAAAAAUAGAUACUGUCAGUUUCAUAGAAAUUAAUAUCUUAAAAUUUCUAGGUGGCAAGCUAGAAAAGAAGGUGAUCGAAAUAUGAGAGCUGGACUUAUACCAAGUAAAGCUUUACAAGAACGUAAAAUAAUUCAUGAAAGAUUAUCAAUGUCAGAUCAUAAAAAAAAAUGUAAGUUAAAAUACAUAAUUAAAAUAAUUUGUUAACAACUUCUAGUAACAAAAUGAAUAAUUAAUUCUAUAUUUACAUAAUGCAAAUUAAAAUAAGUUUAAAUAUUUAAAAUUUUUGGUAAUUACUAUUUGUAAACUAUUGUGUUAUGCAUCAUUAAAUUUGAAUAUGAAAAAAUUUGCUAACCUAAUAUAUUUUUAUAUUAUUUGAAUUUGUAUUCUUUUUAAAUAUUAGUUAAAGAAAUAGAAAUGAGCAAAUAAACUUAAAUAUUUUGAAUUAAUAUUAAUACCUAAUAUAUAUAAAUAUAUUAUGUAUUUAAAAUAGUAGUUUCUUUUUUCUUUUUAAUAUUCACAAAUAAACAAAUCAGUUGAAUUUUGUAUAGUACAAAUUUUUUUUUUCCAUCAAUAACUUUAAUGUUUAUAUUUUUUGUUUGUAUUAUUUUAUAUUUGUUUUAUUAACAUGUUUGUGUAUAACAGUGUUUUGUGAUUUAACACAUGACUAUAUUUGCGGAUUACAGGGGUCAUGGAUACCAUUAAUGGGGGUUGUAUUGGUGGGGGCAGCAUGACAUGUUUUCCGGACCGUUCAAUAGCCAAAGACCCAUUAUGUGGGUCAUUGGCUGCUCUGAACGAUCUCAGUGAAGACAUGGCAUCCGAAUGUUCGGUACGCACACGUGUUAAAAAGGUUAUCUAUGACAUAGCUGAAAGUGAUGACUAUGACAGAGAAGAUAUAGCUACAUAUGAAGAAGUGGUUAAAUUGUAUCCAAGACCUGAGCUUCCUCGACCCAUUGUUUUAAUUGGUCCACCUGGUGUUGGUAGAAAUGAGCUGAAAAGACGUAUUAUGGAAAUAAAUCCUGACAAAUAUCAUACUCCUGUACCACGUGAGUAAAAAAAAGAAUAAUUAUUUUUAAAACCAUUUUUCAUCAUUAUUUGUGAAAAGAAAACCAUUAUUUUUCUUUAACAAAUAAUAAAGUUUUUAUAUUUUUAUAAUAUUCUCAAAUAAUUAAUUUAGAAAAAUGUAUACUAAAUUAAGUACACCAUUUAUUAUCAAGGUUUUGUGUAAUUAUUGGAUGAAAUCCAGAAUUUUUGUUUGUCUGAGUAUAUAUAAUUAUAAUUUUUGUCAAGAGGGCUCUAGAAGAAAAUUAAUCACAUUUGAGAGGAAUCUGGUCAACUAAUCCUUAAUCAUCCAUAAAACUACAACCUUACUCUUUAUGUGUUUAAAUAACUAUAUGACUUUAUGAAAAGGGUAUUAUAUAUAUAAAUAUGUUUUAUAGAAUUUGAGCAAUAAAAAAGUUUGUUUGUAAAUAUAAUAAAUAAUUCAGUCAAAUUAAUAAACACAAUUCAACUAAAUCAAAACAAUUUUAAAUACUCAAUAAUAGUUAUCAGAAUUUGAUUUUCUAAUCAAAAUGAUUGCAUUAAAAAUUAUUCAUAUAUAUAAUUAAUAAUAACACUUAAUUGCAGAUACCUCAAGAUCUCCUCGUAUUGGAGAAGUAAAUGGCAAAGAAUAUAAUUUUGUUUCAAGAGAAUUGAUGGAAGAACAAAUAGCUCGUGGUGAAUUUUUAGAAUUUGGUGAAUACAAAGGAAAUCUUUAUGGUACAUCUUUAGAAAGUGUUAAAUCUAUUAUACGUUCUGGACUUACGUGUAUCAUAAAUCCGCAUUAUCAGGUAAAAUAUAAAUAUCAUAUAUCUUUAAUAACAUAAACAUAUUUGAAGUUUUUAAAAUAACUAUUACCUAUGAUUAUUUUAGGCAUUAAAAAUGUUACGCACGCCUGAUAUAAAACCUUAUAUUAUAUAUAUUAAGCCACCGCCAUUUGAUACUUUAAAAUCAACUAGAAAUGCAGCAUUUGCAAUGUCAACAUUUGAUGAAACAAAUUCAAGAGGUUUUACAGUAAGUAAUUUGAUACAUUACAAAAUGUCAUUCAAUACUUAUUCAGUUAUAUCUCUAUUUAGGACGAUGAGUUUAAUGAGAUUUUAAGAAGUUCGAAGCGCAUAGAAUUCUUAUAUGACCAUUGGUUUGAUGAAACAAUUGUUAAUGAUGAUUUUAAGAUGGCUCUGGAACAGUUACUAGAAAUUGAUCAUAAAUUAAAAACCGAACCCUUAUGGGCACCCGCUGCUUGGUUACAGUAAUUGUCUAGUAAGCCUAAAAUUUCUUUUUUUAUUAUGUUAUAUUAAUUAUUAGGAAAAAAAAAUAUAUUAAUAAAUUGUAUUAUAAUGAAUAAUAUUUGUUAGUAGUUAUGUAAUGGAACUAAUCAGAUAUCUAACCGUUCUAAACAUGUCACCAAAACAGUAUUUAUAAAUAUCUAAUAGAACAACAUCACUGAACAUAGACUAAUAAUAAAAUAUACAUACUUUUGGUAGAAUUUAUAAUGAAUCUAGUUUAAUAAUUUAUUAACUUGAACAGGUUUAAAAAAAUAUAAAUUUAUUACUCAAAAUAAAAUUCAAUGUACUUGCUACUUAUGCUUUUAGAAAAAAUUUAAAGUAAUUUUUAAUAAUAGGCCAUUUACGGUUGUGAAUUUUAAUUUAGAUAUUAACUAAUUGAUUUUUACUCAUUUCUAGUCAAUAAUUCUUAAAAUCCCAUCUUUGUUGAGGUUUUAUUAGUACCUAAGUUUUAAAUUAUAUAGAAGUUAUUAUAAAUUAUAUUUUUUGAAAUUUAAUCAUUAUUCUGUAUUCAUUAUAAUUUAGUGUAGGCAUUAAGCCGAUUUUCUCUAAGUAUAAUUUGUUUAUUAAUGCCAAAUAGAAUUUACGUUAUGCGUGAUUUAAAAUUAUUGUACACAACAAACAUGAAACAAAACUAUAUAUUGUUGUACAAAUAUAAUUUUGACACACAUAUUAUAAAAUUAUAUUAUUAUAGAACAUUAUUUUAUGUAUGCUGUUAUUAUUGUUAUAUUUCAUUUAUAGAUCUUACAUUAACAUACCAAUUGAAACAAAUAUUUGUAUUUAUUUUUAAAUCUUAUAAAAUUAAGUUUCAAAAAUUUUGCCUAAUGUGAAAUUGAAAUGUAAUGAUUAUUUACAAACUAAUUCUAAUAAUGAAAUACAUUAAUAUAUUAGGGUAAAUUUGUUGAAUAAUUAAUAAUUGUGUUGUAACUAUUUUGUCUCUUUAUAAAAAUGUUUAAUAGUUUAUACGGUGGUUUUUAGAAUAUUGACUUGAAUUUUAUGUAAACUAAACAUUUAAUAAAAUGUUAAUUAAAAAUCUUGUUUUGUGAUGUUUUUAUACUAUGUACAUUAUAUAUAAGUUUUUAUAUCAUAUCGUCAUUUAAUUAUAAAGAAAUUAUUGGAGUUAUUCAUCAAUCAAUCCAUAAUAUAAACAUUUAUUUAAUAGUUAAUAGUGGCACUGCACUUUAAAAAAAAAGGCCAGAUAAAAUAAAAAAUUUAAAAGGCCAAAAUUCUUAUAUUUAGCCUCCAGUCUUAAUAAACAUUUAUCAUAUUAGACUUAAUUUCAAUAGUAAUAACUUAUUACCAUAGUAUCAAAAGUACAACAAAUUUCAUAAAAUAAACCUUUUCAAUGUACCAACAAGAUCCACAGCAAACAGAUACAUAGAACUUGAAAAAUUGUGAUUAUUUGGUUUUUAUUCAAAUAAAAUUUUUAAAGUAAGCAUUUCAUUACAUAUAUUUUAAAUUAAUAUAUAUAUAUAUUAAAUGUAUACAAUAAUAAUUUUUUAAUAUAUUUUUAAUAUACAAUAAUAUACAAAAAGUUAGUUUAUAUAUUUUAAAUCCUAUUUUAUACAAACAAGAAUAUUAGAUCAUUGAUAAGCAAUAAGUGAAACGUUAAAUUGAUAACUUCUUUUAACUAUAAAUAGUAGAGAUUUCUUUAUUAUCUAUAAGUAAUAAAAUUUGAUCUCAUAUUUACACCACGGAUUAGGAUAAGAUGGUUACAGAACAGCCUAUAAUCGCCUAUGAGUUGUAAAUGGCGACACAAUUUCUUAUCAGAUAUAUAUUUUAUUGUAUUUUAUCUUCUUUCAUCAUAGCACUCCAAGGCGAACAAUAUUAAAACUGUCACAACUAUAGAUAUAAUUUUCUAAAAUUGAGAUAUAUUUCACUAAAUAUGAAGUGUUAUUAGUCAAUAAAUUUAAAAUAAAGUCUUGGUCACUAGAAACAAGAACCAAGAACAAACACUAGAAACUUGAUAACAAGAUAGUUUAUUAGAAUGUUACAUUAUAGUAAUUACUUAAUUGCACAGUCUUGACAGAAAUUUUUUAAUAUUCACUGGACUUUAUCACUAAUUGUUGCAUACAAAUUCUAUCUAUAAAUGAAAAAUGUUGGGUACCAUGUUAUAACUUAAAGUAAUAUAUAUUAAGACUAUCCUUGAGAUUUAUCCUUUUUUUUAAAAAAGAUAAACUUAAAUUUGACUAUUUUAUUAGCUGAUAAAUUAAAAUAAUAUUAAUUUUGUAAAGGCAUGUAGCACAUACUAUAAAAUAAAUAACUUGUCUUUAUGACACAUAAUGAAAAGAGAUGAUAACAGGAUGAUAUAUAACUUUAAAAGCAAAUAAACAUACUAGUUUAUAGGCGUUAAAUUAUUUAAUAGGAACUGUAAAUUAAAGUUAAUCUAUAUAAUAUUAUAAUGUUAUUUGGGUAAUUUGUAAUUCAAUUUAGAUACAUGAGUUUAAUUGCUUGGACAGUAUUUAUAAAAAUGUAUGUAACUGGUGUUUUAUGUAUGAUCUAUUUGAUUUAGGACACAUAAUCUACCAAUAAGAAACUUUUUGACUUUUGUUUUGCCACAAUACAAAAGCAACAAUUUUUCCUCAACAAAGAAUGGAUCAAAUUAUUCCUUGGUAGGAAUUGUUACAUCUUAAGGUAUAUCAAUGCUAUCAAGCAUUAAUGAUACAAAAUAUAAAAUUGUAAAAAAUGAAUAACUCUACCAAACUCAAAUAUUUAUUUUUAGUACAAUACUUUUAAGAAACAUACAGAUAUAUUUAAUAAUUAUAAAUUGUCAUUUUUCUAUUUGUGAAAUCUUAUGAUCAUGCUUAAACUCAAUACCUAAUAAAUAAAGUAGUAAUAUAAUUGAUCUAAGUAUAAAAUAAAUUAAAAUAACUUUCCGACAGUGAUCAUAGGAUUACAAUGGGAUAGCAAUGCACUAUUCAUUUUCCCAUCAAUUUUGGGUCUCUAACUAAAUUCCUUAAUAAUACUACUCUUGAUAAUUAAUUAUUUACAUAGGUAUACUAGCCAAAUUUUUUAAAUUUGUCAUUAAAAAAAUAUAAAAUUAUUUGAGAAAUAUUGAAAUUAAGUGUUUAGUAAAAUUGUUUAUAUUUAACUCUUUAUAUAAUAUAAUUGAUUAAUUUUUAUAUUUACUUAAACCCUUAGUAUAAAUGUAUAAUUUUAAAUGAUAAAAUAAUUAUGGAAUUGUAAAAUGCAUAUGCUCAAUGAUGUUUUAGUAUUGUAUCAUUAUAAUAAAUAAAUAUAAAUAUACAAAACUGUUAUCAAUACUUUUAUAAUUCUUGUUUAAGUCGUCUUGUAUCUCCCUUGGUUGGGGCGUCAUUUAAGCAAGAUACGUCAGAGUUUUUCAAUGCACGAUCUUCACAUAAAUAAUUUAAUAAGCUGUUAGUUUGAUCAUUAAAAUACCACUCUUCUAUAUCCGAUUCAUAGGUUUCCAACAAGUCUUCACACUAGAAAUAAAAAAUAUAUUAAUAUUUCAGGGUGUAUAAUUUUAAUUUUAAAUUGUACCUGUGUUUUCAUAUUUGUUAUUUCAACUGAAGGUUUGUCCCAGAGUUCAUAUGGUAUUCCUAGUUCAACUUUUACUCCUUUAUUCCUACAAUUAUAAAAAUAUAACUGAACAUAGAAUCUGAUUAUAAUAAAUAUUAAAUUUAUUGUUUUUUACACAAGGCCAUGUAGUGUUUGAAAAGUUUGACUCAUUCCUUUAGCAAAUCUAGUACUGUCUGUUCUUUCUUUAUGAAUAUUGUACUGCAAUAUCCUUUCACAAAGGCCAUCUAAUGAUUCAACUAAACGUAAUUCCCUGAAGAAAUUAUUAAUUCAACAAUAUUAUCUGUUAAUUACAAUACUAUAUUUUAUUAUUUAACUCACGAUUUUUUAUACUCUUUUUUCUUUUUAGGCUGAUCAAUAGAGUAUCCAAGUUCCAGAUAUUCGCUUGUUUUACCAGUUUCUAGUAAUCGACCUUCUAAUUCUAUUGCUAAUAUUUUACACACUAAAAUAAUUUACACAAAUGUAUAUUUAUACCUAAGUAUUUGUUGUGUAUUUAGUCUGUUCAUCAUUAAAAAUUAUUUACAAACUACAGGGUACAAUACUUCAUAAUAUUAAAUUACAAACCUUCACAUUUAUUAGCAUACUUAACUCCAUCUUCUGAUGUAUUACUUAACGAUUUAGCUAUAAGUAAUAAUAAAAUGAAUGAUUUCAUAACCAAAAUCAUUUUAAUUGUAUGAUUUAAAAUUUAUUAAAGUUAUAAAUUACAUAGUUACUUAAGUAUACUUAUUUAUUUUCAAAUCGAUUUUAUUUGAUUAUAUAACACCUAUCACACUAAACGUAAAAUUAUUUAUUUGGACCAUGGACUGCAUGGUUUUUGAUGUAGGCCUUUAUCAGUUUGAUAACAAUAAUCUUCAAAGCGAUAACAAUUGGCCACACGAUCAAAUUAUGGACGUUAUUCGGAAAUAGAAUGUGAUUAGCCAUGAACAAGACGAGACGUGAAAAACAAUAUACAUGUCUAUAUGUAAAACAAAAACUGUUAUUUAAUAUUUAUAUAGUUUACUAUCAUAAUUUAAA